GUAAAAAUGAACGGGACAGAAGGGAGCAACUUCUACAUUCCCAUGUCAAACAGGACUGGGCUUGUGCGAAGUCCUUAUGAUUACACCCAGUACUAUUUGGCAGAACCAUGGAAAUUCAAGGCUCUUGCUUUCUACAUGUUUCUACUGAUCAUUUUUGGAUUUCCCAUCAAUGUCCUGACUUUGGUGGUUACAGCCCAGCACAAGAAACUGCGACAGCCGCUCAACUACAUCCUGGUCAACUUAGCUUUUGCAGGCACAAUUAUGGUCAUCUUUGGAUUUACGGUUUCUUUCUACUGCUCACUUGUGGGCUACAUGGCUCUUGGUCCAUUAGGCUGUGUAAUGGAGGGAUUUUUCGCAACACUCGGAGGUCAGGUUGCUCUUUGGUCUCUGGUGGUUCUUGCCAUUGAGAGGUACAUCGUGGUUUGCAAGCCAAUGGGAAGCUUCAAAUUCUCCGCAAACCAUGCGAUGGCUGGCAUUGCUUUCACAUGGUUCAUGGCCUGUAGCUGUGCAGUCCCCCCACUUUUGGGCUGGUCCAGGUAUCUUCCGGAAGGGAUGCAAACCUCUUGUGGACCAGAUUACUACACAUUGAAUCCUGAAUUUAAUAAUGAGUCUUACGUCAUGUACAUGUUCAGCUGCCACUUUUGCAUACCCGUCACCACAAUUUUCUUUACCUAUGGGAGUCUGGUCUGCACAGUCAAGGCUGCUGCAGCUCAACAGCAGGAAUCUGAGUCCACCCAGAAGGCUGAGAGGGAAGUGACACGCAUGGUGAUCCUGAUGGUUUUGGGCUUCUUGUUUGCUUGGGUUCCCUAUGCCAGCUUUGCUGCCUGGAUCUUUUUUAACAGGGGAGCUGCUUUCUCCGCACAAGCCAUGGCUGUUCCAGCCUUUUUCUCUAAGACUUCAGCUGUUUUUAAUCCCAUCAUCUAUGUGCUCCUAAACAAACAGUUCCGUAGCUGCAUGCUCAACACCCUUUUCUGUGGCAAGAGUCCUCUUGGUGACGAUGAGUCCUCCUCAGUGUCAACAAGCAAAACAGAGGUGUCCUCUGUGUCUCCUGCAUAGAUCUGCCUAUUCAGUGCUCUGUCAUUCAAAUAGGACAAAUUCACGGACAUGCAGUACAUCUCUGGCCAUUUGUAACUGCUGUUUCUUUCAAGACCAUACAUGUACACUUAAAGGCAUUUUAUCAGGAAUUCAAGAAUGGCUGAUUCUGAGGUUAAAGGAAAAUAUAUGUUUAUUGGAUUUAUGGAAUCGUUUUCUCCACUGUUAGGUGGAAGCAAUGGAAAUGUAUUCAAUAAAAUAUACUUGAAUUCGUCUGGAUCUAUGCAAAAUAUCUACUCCCGCACCAAUAAUUUCACUUGUAUGUUUUGAUGGAGGUCUUUAUUUUAUUCUAUUUUU